AUGCGCUGCUCCAAGUGCCUUCUCUGCCUGUCAGCUCUGCUCACGCUCCUGGGCCUCAAAGUGUACAUCGAGUGGGCGUCUGAGGCUCGGCUUAGCAAGGCCUACCCAGGACCCCGGGGCACCCCACCAGGCCCCACGCCAGCCAGCUCUGAGCCCACCCUGCCUGCCAACCUCUCAGCCCGCCUGGGCCAGACCGGGGCGCUGCCCUCUGCUUACUGGAACCAGCAGCAGUGGCGGCUGGGAACUCUGCCCAGUGGGGAAAGCACUGAGGCAGGGGGCUGCCAGGCUUGGGGGGCUGCUGCCGCCACUGAGAUCCCUGACUUCGCCUCCUACCCCGAGGACCUCCGCCGCUUCCUGCUGUCGGCAGCCUGCCGUAGCUUCCCACAGUGGCUGCCUGCAGGUGGUGGUGGCCAAGUGGCCAGCUGCUCAGUGACAGGCGUCCCCUACCUGCUGUUGGCUGUCAAGUCCGAACCAGGGCGCUUCGCAGAACGACAGGCUGUGAGGGAGACGUGGGGCCGUCCAGCUCCUGGGGUCCGGCUACUCUUCCUGCUGGGGUCUCCAGCAGGUCGGGGGGGCCCUGACCUGGGCUCACUGGUUGCCUGGGAGAGCCGCCGCUACAGUGACCUGUUGCUCUGGGACUUCUUCGAUGUCCCCUUCAACCAGACACUCAAGGACCUCCUGCUGCUGGCCUGGCUGGGCCGCCACUGCCCUGACGUGACCUUUAUCCUGCAAGCUCAGGAUGAUGCCUUUGUGCACAUCCCCGCCCUGCUGCAACACCUGAGGGGCCUGCCCCCAACCUGGGCCCAAGGCUUGUACCUGGGUGAGGUCUUUACCCAGGCCAUGCCCCUCCGGAAGCCUGGAGGACCCUUCUAUGUGCCUGGGUCCUUCUUUGAGGGUGGCUACCCGGCUUAUGCCAGCGGGGGUGGCUAUGUCAUUGCUGGGCGCCUGGCACCCUGGCUGCUGCAGGCGGCAGCCCGUGUGGCACCCUUCCCUUUCAAUGACGUCUACACAGGCCUGUGCUUCCGCGCGCUAGGUCUGGUGCCCCGGGCUCACCCAGGUUUCCGCACAGCCUGGCCUGCAGACAGUGCCACUGACCCCUGCGCUCUCCGUGACCUGCUGCUGGUCCGGCCCCUCAGCCCCCAGGAUAGCAUCCGGCUCUGGAAACACCUAAAGGACCCACAGCUCCAGUGCUGA